UUUAGGAGUGUGUGUGUGUGUGUGUGUGAGAGAGAGAGUGUGAGAGAGAGAGAGAGAGAGAAUGUAGUAAUUUGCUACUUAAUUUUGUGCCGUGAUAAACUUCUGUAGCUCAUCGGGUGACUAAGGGAGGGCUGGCAAGAUCCAGGAUGCUAUUGACCCUCUUUAUGCUGUAAAGAGCUUGGGAUUCAUGGCUUUAAUAACAACUCUUUACCGAAAAUGUCUCAUGGAUCUUCGGCUUUACGUCUCAUCUGAUUUCUUUACAGUGUUGCUAUUUUAUCUGUGAUACUGUGUAUCUAAACAUACCAAGAUCACUAUAUAUGAUGCUGAAAAUAAUUGUCUCCUGGUGUGUCGUGUUGGUUAAACUCUUUAGUGCUGUAUGAAUUGCUCACUAGAUUUUUUAGAAUUGGUAGUAGCUUUUGAAAGUCUUUGCUUGUUUUGUGUGAAUAUUUUCAGUAUUAUAAAUAUUUAAAGAUCCAGUAAAAAUCUGACUUGAUUUGGGGGCAAUUCUAGAUUUUCACAGUAAAAUCUUGAGGGAAAUAUAAUUUGAAAUUUUUCUUCUUAGGAAAACUUGAAUAAAAAAGGGAGCAGUUUCAGCUUUCCAGUGAAGAGCUUGGUAUGCAGGCCGUUGCUAGAGUUACAGAGUCCCUACUGCAGAAAACCUUGGAGUGCAGCCAAAAACAUCAGCAAAAUUGCUGUUGUAUCUUACAUACAUCUUCUCUACAAGAGUUAUGAGAGCAUUUCAGUACAGAUCAUCUGAGUGACCAGCCUGCUUUACUGUGGGGUGUGCUUUUCGGUAGUUUGUUGGUUUGUUUUUAAAUCUUCCCAGGAGCAGAAUGGUGUUCACCCUUCACAAAUGAUGGUGGCUGCCCCACAGAGCAGACUGUGAAUGUUCUACUGCUGCAGUGUUUGGUGCAUAGCUCAAAGAAGUUCGAAAGCAUUAUCUUUUGUGACUGUGACAAAGACGGAGCCAAUGCUGUUGAUAACAAAGUUGAUUAUCCAGCAUAUCCGAAGAUGAAGAGGAAACUUGCAACAGCUGGGACAUUGAGGCUUAGUCCUAAUGAAGAAGCCAUGUUUCUGAAAGAAGAAUAUGAAAGAAGAAGAAAACUAAGGUUACAACAGGUCAGAGAGCAGCAGAAGUAUAUCUCCUGCCAGAUAAGGCAGAAGGUAAAGCAGAGGAGAGAAGAACAGCUGCAUCAGUUAGAGGAGGCACUGAGAGCUGAAUGGCAGAAAGCACAGGAUGAGAAGAUGAAAGCCCUGGAAGAACUGUACCUAUCAAGCUUAAGAGCGAUUGGGGAGGGUCACCGACAGGCCAAGGAAAACGAACCUGACUUAGAAGCUCUGGCAAAGCAAGCAGAGGAAAGGAAACAAAGAGCAGAGACGAGGCACAGAAAAGCUCUGAUAGAGCAGAAGCAUCAAAAAGAAAAAUUACUUCGUGAGCAAGCCAGACGAGCAGAUGCGCGUAAACGUGCUCUGGAAGUGGAAAGACAAAGAGCAGCCAAAGUUGCAAGCCUGCCACCUCCUCCAGCACGUCCUUUUGAGAGUUUUGAAGUGAAAAAGAUCCUUGCAGUGAAGCCCUGUGGUGCUGGCAACUUUUCUGUUACACGUUACCACAUUGCUGAAGCUUUGGUGGACAGAGAAGUGGAGGGAGAGCAGCCAGAUGCUCAUUUAGCUGCUGAAGAAGAAGGGAGACGUUUGGAGGAGCUACACAGGGAGGCAGAGAGGGAAAGAAGAAAGCAGCUUGAGAAGGCACAUAUUAGAGGAAGUCACGCCUUGAAGAAGAUCCAGCUGGCCAAGGACAGGGAAAGACUCCUGGAAGAACUGGAGCAAAUGCACGCUCAGGAUCGGAUGCGCAGGAGACAGAUUGUCGCACAGAUGCCACCUCAGCUUUCAGUGCCACCAUACAAACGCAUGGAAAUAAAAGAAGAAUGGCAGAGAGAACUGGAAUCUGCAUUUGAAGAAAUGUACAGUGAAGACAGGAACAUGAAAGGAGACCUGAUUCUGCAGUUUGAGCCACAACCUUUGCCAGCCCCUUCUGACAGAGCUCAAGAUAAUGAUCUUGAUAUCUCCUUGGAGCAUGAAUCUGUUUGUGACACUCAACCAGAGCUUCCUUGUGAUACUCAGCAAGAAUCAGGACAUGUGAUAGAAGAGGAGAUCCUUAAUGAACCAGAAAGGCAUGAAGAAGGAAAAAUUUGCCAACCUCGAUCAAAACUUGCCUUAAAGAAAUUGUUGAACAAAAUUAGAAGCCAAAAAGAGGAGUGGACAUCAAAAAGUGAGAAAGAGAGUCAAAGUGAAUUUGAAACUAUUGAAUCAGGCACAAUUGCUAGUGAAAAGAGACCAUUAUGUGGUUUAGAACUUAACAAGGAGCAGCAGAAAAAUGCAGUGUCUGAAGCCAAAGACUCUAUGAAAAUGUUGGAAAAUACAGUUGCAGAUGAAAAGUCAGUUCCAAUCCAUCCUCAAGAACAAGCGGCUAAAAUCAGAAUGGAAGAGGAGAGACAGAAGUGGAAUGAGGAAAUAGAGAAACAGAAACAGGAGCAGCUGGCCUUGAUUAAAAAAAUUGAGGAAGAGAAAGCUCUUUUGGAGGCUGAUUAUCUGAAGAUCCAAAUACAAACCUGUUUGGAGCAGGCUAAGAAAAAAAAGGAAGAGGAAGAGCAAAGUCAGCUGGUGCAAAGCCACAGUCUCCAUUCCACAGAUCAGCAGAGCCAAAUGGAACAUGAGACUGGAAAUGUAUCAGAAAGCAGGAGUCCAGAAGAAGACAGUCAUAGACAGACAAUACGUAAUUUUCAACAACGCCUUCUGCAGCAAAAAAGGUUGCACAAACAAACCAUUGAGGAAGCUAGAAAGAAUCUACAGGAGUAUCAGAAUACACUGAGGCAAAGGUACUUGUGUACUUCUGAAACACCUCUGAGCACAGGGGAAACAAAACCCAUUAAUUUAGAGCCUGUCUCAGAGCCACACCUACAGAUGCAAGGAGCGCAGCCAACACAGUACCAGGCAGCGGAACAAGUUCACGCCCAAGAGUAUGCACGGUCAUUACCUGUGUUUUCAGGAACAUUGGGUGUGUUGGAAAAACCAUCUUCACAGAAGCAGCAAGAGCAAGUGCAUGAUAUUUGUCCUGGAAAAUCACUGCAGUUUUCAGAAGCAUCAGAAUUGAAGCAUGGAGGGUUUCCCUUGCCCUGUGACUGUUCUUCACAGGAACAAGUGGGAAUAUUAAAAACUGCCAAUAGUCACAUCAGAGAACCAUUGCAGUCCCAAUUACCAUCAGGGUCAGUCAGGAAAGAAGUGACUGCAGUAAGAACACAACCAGAAGCACACCAACAGCACUUCAGAUUUGUGUUGCCUGCAGAAAGUUCCUCUGAGUCUUCAGAAACAGUACACUCUAAAGAGCUACCUCAGAAGAUACCUAACUAUCAAAACAAGACAGAAGCUGGAGAAGAGCAUCCAUUUAAGACAUCCCUCAUGCCAGCAACAAUGAGAUCAGCCUUGGCUGGUCCUUUAGCCUAUCAGCAGGGAUCUGUAGAGAGCAGCAGCAAAACAAGCCCUGAUCAACCUCUCAGUCUUUCUGAACCCACAAUUCUAGUGCAUGAAGAAUCUAAAGCCCAGGGUGUUGAAGAAUUCUUGAUGUCAAAAGCGGGAGAUGCAUCUUUGUUAAAUUAUUCUGGUAUACUGAGCUUAAGGGACAAAGUGUUGGCCUCAUCAGAAAGCAUCCAAGCUCAGCAAAAGUAUUUGAAAAAGUUGCAAGCGCAGCUAGAUGCACAAAGAGAAGCUCUUCUUUCUAAACAGAGAAUACAAGAAAAACUACUUUUACAGAAGCAAGAUAAAUUGAAGGAACAGAUGCAGAGACAGCAAGAGGCUUUGAAAGAACUUCUAAACAAGCAGGUGAGACAUAUAUGCCCAAAUGAAGAAAUGACAGAGGCACAAAAACCUGCCAGGAUUAAGAGAACUGACUUCUUCCAAGUCUCAGAAAACUACCAGCAAGAGAAUUGUGGCAGGAAUAAAUUUCACGGAAGUGAAACAAUUUCACGGUGCAUUGGCCCAGUUGAGCAAACUGAACAACCUGAGAAAGUUCUCUGUAGAGAGCAGAAAUGGAGAUCUUCCAAACCACCAGUGACAAAAGUCAAGUUAGGUCUUGGUUUGGAACAACAUGAACUUAGUGUUAUACCAGAGGUAGACACACCGAAGAGUUGCAGCCUCUCUUUGGCAGGCAUAACAAGCUAUGAAGGAAAAGCUUCCAAUGGAAGUCCAAGGCAACCUAAUCCACCAGGAAGAUUAUUACAAGAAUUGCUGAUGAUGGCUGCUGAAACUUCGUGUGAUUCAGCCCAGUCCCAGGAUUCUCAAGUGUCUCAAGAUUCACCAGUUGUUGCUGCUGAAGGUGGAGAGAGACUUAGAACAAGUUCUGGACCAUCAUUCAGGCUUGAGAAUACGGAAGUGCCAGGUUCAGAGGCUUUCAUGCAACGAAUAUCCUGUGAUGUAACUUCAACAGUUUCCACUGGCACCUUUUCAACCAGUGAAAUGUUGAACGCAAGCCCCAUUGACACCCGAUUGUCUUCUGAUGGUAGAGAAGAUGGAAUUCUGAGAGAAACAGGAAGCCACCCUUGGAACUCCUCGCUUCCUUUUACCUUGCAGCAGAGGCAAGAGAUUUUGUCUGGAGUGUCUGAAAGUCAGUUGUCUGAAAGAGAGAUGUAUUUUUAUAAAGAAAACCAGAUGCAGCAGAUGUUGGGGAGACCUACUGGGAACUUGAACUCUUACUCAGAGGACAGUACACAUUUCCAAGCUCUAGCAACUGAACCCUGUUUUCCUGAAAUGGAGGGACCUUUUCCAAACUUCCAUCACCAGAUCUUUCAGCCUUUGGAACCAAGUGUUGACUUCGAUACAUCAUCCUCAUCAUCCUGUUCUCAAUACAGAAUUUUCCAACACAGUAGAGAAUUUAGCAAGACAUCGGAAUUUUCAACAGAAAGUCCAGAUGUGUCUACAUUUCUAGAUGAGAAAAACUGCAGUCUGAACAGACAAAGAAGCAGUCUGCCUUCUAGUCCUGAAACAAAUGGGCAGAACAUUUCAUCAGAAGAAGGGUCGGUUAGAGAAAAUGUUAUUCCAGGAUCUGAAGAAUCUUUUCACCCACUGCAAUUAGAAUCUACUCUGAGUGAUGACUGUCAGAAUGCUGAUCAGCCAGAGGAUAUGAACAUUGGGUCACAGAGACCUUUUGAACAAACCCCUGGAAUUAAAAACAGAGGCAAUGAGAGCUGUAUUUCACCUGCAAGUGGAUAUGAAGAGCUGUCAAGAAGUAUGGGAUGUAUUAAUCUCCAGUGUUCAGUGGAAGAUCUGCAGAAUGAAAGUCUGAUUCGCCUGGAAGAGCAAAAAUCCUUUUAUCAACUAGAUCCCAUACCCGUUACAAUGGAUGAAACUUUGCCUCAGCAGUUAGUAAAAGAGACUAUGUCUUCUGAAAAAUUUCCUUUGGAGGCAUUUGAUAAGAAGAAGGAGGUGAAGCUUCCUGAAAAAUCAGUUCAUGUAGAUGAAGUAAAUAAAGCUGUGGAGCUGCAUUCUCAGUGCAGUAUGGAUAAAAAGGAGCCAGAUCAAAGCUUUCCAGAAGGACAAGAAUCUCUGAGGGUUUUCAGAGAAACCAGCUUGGAAGACUCAGAUGUCCUUUUGCCCCCUGUUGCACGGCAGAACAGUUCUUUAUUCCAAGAACACAAAAAACAUUCUCAUCCUGUGCCCAGAAGCUCAUAUCAUAUUCCAGUUUGGGAGACUGAGUCAGGGCAUGGUAUUAUGGAAGAACCUGAGCUCACUCUGAUAAGCUCCGAUGACAUCAGUAUUGUACAAUCAGACACUGAACAUCCUAACCAAGAGAAAAUUAAGGAGGAUGCAGUGGGUAACUCAGCAUGUGUGGAUCAGUCUGAAUGUAGUGUUUAUACUGAGGAGGGAGAAUUUCUACCACUAGCUCCAGAUGCAGAUUAUUCAGCAUUCAUAAGGCCUGACAGUUCUCCCAAAGCCCAGAGUCCCAACAAGAGUCACUGUCCAUCACGUCAGACUGCAGUGAUGCUGCUGGAAUUUGCAGCUACACCCGGAAGUUUACAAAAAUCUUUUUUAAAAAGAAAGCAGAAUUUCAUCCAGGAGUCUCUGAAAAGAGUAGAAGCAAUAAAAAAUAAGGAGAGAGAAAAUGAAAAACUGGAAGCAAGAAAGCUUCAAGGAGGAAAGUCUGAGAAUCUAAGAAGCAGACAGAAGAAGUCUGGUCUUCUCUCUGGAAAAAAUGGUGCACUUGGCAAUCAGUUGGAAAAAGCAGAAGUGAAAGUAUCUUCUCCAGAGAAUAGGAAGUCUGGAGAAAUUGAAAUGCGCCAGCGUACAUCCAGACUUUAUAAUCAGCUUGCAGAAGUAAAAAUCAGAAAUGAAGAAAAAACAAGGCAAGAAACUUACGCUAAAAACAGAGAAAAGGCUAAAGAGUUUCAAAAGAAAAUGCUGGAGAAAUUGCGAGCCAAGAAGACUUGGAAAGCACUAUGACAGGCAAAGACUUUGAGCAACAAGGACACACGGGCGUGUUGGUACAAUCCAGGUCAUGGAGUGGUGCAGCCUCAGUGGUGAAUUGUGAAGCCAUUUAGGGAAUCCUCAACUUGAAGCUGUAGGAAAACAGAGCACCCCAAACUCCUCUGGUCUCCUGUUCAGAGCUCACCACAGCUGCAGAUGGACUGUGCUGCCUUCUGCAUUGUUUGUCUCAGAUUGAGUUACUGGCCUGAAAGGCUUUUCUUCAAUGUUAGUAUUUUAAAGAGAUACUAAGUUUUGUAAUAUACAUGUAUAAAAUGUUUCCAAUAAAGUUUUAAGGUUAUUUGAA